UGCGGUGACGGCGUUCAGUCAUGAUGGAGGAAAGGAAAUCAGGUUCCGUAUGAACUUAUGAUUCGGACUACGCCAUCCAUCUAUGAGCCUAUGAACGACACGGGGACGAAAUGAAUAAGAAUCCAAGCUAAGAUAUGCGCGUUUGGUACAGAAUGACCAACUCAAGUAACCCAUCCUAUUCCGCCCGCCCGCCCGCCAUGACGGUGGCAGUGCUCUUGAUGCUCCGUUCGAAUCUGCAGUCUGCAGCGAGCCCAGGACUAAUCGCUCCGGCAAGUAUCAAUCUGGUUCCUCUUAACCCAGUAAUUCUUUCAAUCCUCCUUGAACCGGGAUAUUCAGAGAAUCACUGUCCAGUCCGCGACGCUCGAAGUUGCCGUCAGGCGCCGGGCACUCCUUGCGAACAACCGAUAAUGGCCGCAUGGCAAAGCGAGGUUGAUGAGGCACUCGAGCCCUGUGAAGACAAAGCCGCCGAGGAAGAAGGAAAGGACGACGUAGCGUAGUUUCGGUCGGGUAGGCAUGGUGGCGACGAUAUUGCAGUGUCAGUAGCUUGGUGAGAGUAUCGUGUAGCGUGGUGGAAUUCAAGGGAUAAUACAAGCGUGGAAUACAAUGGCCUCAGGGUGUCGAAGGUGUGGAAUGAAAUAAGAGACGAGGGAGGUUUGUAAGAGUGCGUGAUAUAGAACUUCUGGAUUGAUUGG